GUCUUGUUUGCAAUGGGUAAAAUCUACCAGAGUCAGAUCAACCAGCCGGAGCCAGAGAAUGAUGAAAUCCAGGCACGCCCAUUUGUCACCACCUUCUGGGAGAGGAACUUACCUUCAGUCGGUGGUCUGCUGAAGUUCCUGGGGGUCUCCACCGUUGUGUCUGCUGUUGCUGCAGCGGGCCUGUUGGCCUACAAGAAGGGUCUCCUCCCUCAACGGAGCUAAACCAUGUUGUUGAUCCACCUCUCAACAAGACACAAGUCAACACAAAUUGUACUCAUGCACUUCUUUAUGUCUCAAGUGAACUACAUAAGUUGUUUGUUUUAUUUUAAACAGCUGCUUUGUAAAAGACUGUUGAACUUGUGCAACAACAGUGACGCACUUUUAAUGUCUGUAGUGUGUUCACAGAGUGACGAGCUGCUUUGAGUUUAUGAAACGUUUGUUGAGAGGAACGAAAAAAAACACAUUUUCAGCUUUUAAUCAAAAAGUCAGAUUGUGAAACCACUGAAGGAAAAAAUGUUUCUAAGACUAAAAAUUGUAAAUCUCUAUAUGUUGCCAAUAACAUUCACUUUAAAUUCAUUUUUCUUUCGAAGUCGUCGUACUUUUGUGUGAGCUUUAUUUGUAUGCAGGUGGACACACUGUGAUGAGCAUGUACAUGUGAGUGUGUCGUUGUUUGUGAAUGUGUGUGUGUCGCCUCUGCUGAUUUUAGGUGCUGAUUUAAACUGGCCAAGCAGCUGUAGCUGUUUGAUGUGUUGUUUUCCUUCACAAAAUUACAGAGGUAUGGUUAAGGAUAA